GCCAUUUGGUUGCAAGUUCGCCGCAUAGUUGACGGUUGCCCGGUUGCUCACAGUUCAGGCCCAAGUUCAGGAGCCAUGGUGCAGCCUUGCGACCCGUCAUCCGCUUUCUUCGGCUUCAUGGGGGUGACCUCCGCGAUCGUAUUUGCCAACUUCGGAGCGGCAUACGGUACUGCGAAGUCGGGCGUGGGCAUCUCCUCCAUGGGCAUCAUGCGGCCUGACCUGGUGGUGCGCUCGAUCAUUCCCGUGGUCAUGGCUGGCGUCCUGGGCAUCUACGGUCUCAUCACCGCCAUCAUCAUCAAUGGCAAGAUGGCACCCGCGGCAGGGUACUCUGCCUACCUCGGAUACGCGCAUCUCGCGGCGGGGCUCACGGUCGGCAUGAGUUCCCUCGCAGCGGGCCUGGCCAUCGGUAUCGUGGGCGACGCCGGUGUUCGCGCCAACGCCCAGCAGCAGCGCCUGUUCGUUGGCAUGAUCCUCAUCCUCAUCUUCGCCGAGGCCCUCGGCCUGUACGGCCUGAUCGUGGGGCUGGUGGUGGCGAACGCGAGCAUUGACCCCAGCAAGCCGCUGUGCACCCCGUACAACCAGUGAGCAUGAGCAGCGGUCUGUGCUCCAACGGCUGCGAGCGGCGGAGGAGACCUGCACGACUGCGAGGUUUUGAUCGGCGACUGACUUCCACACCACGGGAGUCCAAGGCCGUUUUUGGGGUACGGCGAGCACUUGCUGAGGGCAGCGCGUCUCGUGUCUUCUCCUCUCGUAUACGUCACCCUCCCAUCCUUCAUGUUCGUGCUCAUCCAUCCUCCGCCCCAUCCCCUCCACGAGAACUUUUUGUCGGUACUCGUUCGCACUGCGCGCCAGCAGCAGGAGAGGUCAGGCAGGGUGACAGCCCCACCUCUGCCCCCUGUUCUCCCUGCCUCUUCUCGGGCAGAUGUGAGCCUGACGCCCGCCCAGACAGAUUGUUCUUGGAAGCCGUAGAGUCGAGUGCGAAUACGGAACGGUGUUCGGUCCCAUUGCUUGAGCAGGAAAACAGCAGUUACACCAU